AUGAGCCGGCGCGUGCGUCUGCAGCAGGAGGAUGAUGAUGGUGCUUCACCAAGCGCUGAAAGUGACCGGCAGGAGCGCGCUCCCGCUGCUCAGGUUUGCCGAGCGCUGGGCUGACGUCAUUCGCGCGCCCCCGACGCCGCAGGUGAAGACGCUCGAGCAGAUGCCCGGUCCGUCGCCCGCGCGCUUCAUCCGGGACCUGUUUAUGAAACGCGGGUUCUCGCGCCUCCACCAGCUGCAGCUGGAGGGCCGGCAGAAGUACGGGCCCAUGUGGAAAGCCAGUUUCGGGCCCAUCCUGACGGUGCAUGUGGCGGAGCCGGAGCUGAUCCAGCAGGUGCUGCGGCAGGAGGGGCAGCACCCCAUGCGCUCAGAGCUCUCGUCCUGGAAGGAUUACCGGGCACUGCGGGGGGAAGGAUACGGGCUGCUGACCGCUGAGGGAGAAGAGUGGCAGUGUGUGCGCAGUCUGCUGUCGAAGCACAUGUUGCGUCCUCAAGCGGUGGAGGCGUAUGACGGUGCUCUGAACGCGGUGGUCAGCGAUCUCCUGCAGAAACUGAAGCUGCGCUCGCAGGAGAGCUCCAGCCGCAUCGUCUCCGACAUCUCUGCUGAGUUCUACCGCUUCGGUCUGGAAGGCAUCUCCUCCGUGCUGUUCGAGUCCCGCAUCGGCUGUCUGGACGCAGUGGUUCCAGUGGAGACGGAGCGCUUCAUCCAGUCCAUCAACACCAUGUUCGUGAUGACUCUGCUGACCAUGGCCAUGCCUCAGUGGCUGCACCGCCUGCUGCCCAAACCCUGGGACACCUUCUGCCGCUGCUGGGACGUCAUGUUUGAGUUCGCUAAAGGACACAUUGACCAGCGUCUGCAGCAGGAGAAGCAGAAGCUGGAGUGCGGGGAGCAGCUGGAGGGACGGUACCUCACGUACUUUCUGUCUCAGGCCGGACUGCCACUCACUUCUGUGUACAGUAACGUGACGGAGCUGCUGCUCGCCGGCGUCGACACGAUUUCCAGCACGCUGUCCUGGUCUCUGUAUGAACUCUCCCGUCAUCCUGACGUGCAGACGGCGCUGCGGGACGAGGUGUUGAGCGUCAUGAAGGGUCGCCGAUCCGUCCCGCAGGCCAGUGAUGUGGCCGCCAUGCCUCUCCUGAAGGCCGUCGUCAAGGAAAUCCUCAGACUCUAUCCUGUUAUUCCAGCCAAUGCUAGAGUCAUCAACAAAGACAUCGAAGUCGGAGGAUACGUCAUUCCUAAAAACACUCUGAUCACGCUCUGUCAUUACGCCACGUCUCGAGACCCUCAGCAGUUCAGAGAUCCAGACUCCUUCAGGCCGCAGCGCUGGGGGGACCGCUCUGACCGCAGUCACCCGUACGCCACCGUGCCCUUCGGUGUGGGCAAACGCAGCUGCAUCGGCCGCCGCAUCGCCGAGCUGGAGGUGUACCUGGCGCUGUCUAGGAUCUUGAUGCACUUUACCGUGGAGCCGGCUAGACAGGACGAUACGGUCCAUCCCAUGACCAGAACUCUGCUGGUUCCAGAGCGGCAGAUCGACCUCCGCUUCACUGAGCGCUGAUCUGGGGUCAGAGGUCGACAGGACAUGCAGAACUGACCAUCUCUAAUGUCCAGAUCCAGAGACACUGGGAAACACUGGACGUCCAGCACCGAGCCCUGAGGUACACCAUUGAGACAUGGAGCCAGACUGAUCAGAGAACAGCGGUGUGUGUGUGUGUGUGUGGAGACUGAAUCUGAUUCACCACCCAAACACAGCGGAGGAAACCACAGAUCCAGAGUUGGCCAAAAAUACACACGUGCUCAGUGGGAGUGUUGGGGGGCGCAUUACAAGUAGCCAGAGUUACGUAAUAAUAUUACUAACGACUGAAACAAUGCAUUACCUAAACAAACAGAGGAAUAAUACUGGAGUUACUCUUUUGUUUAAUUAAUGAAGGAUGAGAGAACGCAUUCAUUAUUCAGAACACGUGGAGGAAA